AUGGCGCCUCCUGACUUUGAAGCCAAAAAGGCUCGCAAACGCAGCGACUAUGGCUACCAUCAGCUUCACCAGACAAGAUGGUUCGACAAUGACAUGUACGCGCACUUAAACAACACUGUCUACACGGCUCUUUUCGACACGAUUGCCAAUUCCUACCUCAUCGAGCAUUGCGGCAUGGACCCCUUCAUCGGCACGGACCAAAUCGGACUAAUUGUCAAUACAAGUUGCGACUUCUUUGCCUCUGUUGCAUUCCCAGAUAUUUUAGAGGUGGGCUUGCGCGUAGCCAAACUAGGCUCCUCGAGUGUCACAUGGGAGAUUGGCGUGUUCCGAAAGGGCGAGGAGGAUGUUAAGAUGGUUGGAACAUAUACGCAUGUCUUUGUAUUCCGAGAAACCAUGCGUGUUGGAAAAGGUGGCAUGGCGAGCAACGUGCGAAGUGGGCUGGAGAAAUUGCUCAAUUCGCCAGGAGCUAAGCUGUGA